CCAAACAGAUCAUAAGAAGAGCAUCAGAAUGAAUCAGGCAUGUUAGAUGGGACAGGAGGCAAUAGAACACGCUGCUUGACAGAUAGAGAAAAAAAAACACAUUAUAAAGUACAUCCUGUUCAAAUGUGGACUGUGAUUAAGUACUCCAGCAGGUCUAGCAAUGACACAAUAAAAACAUGAUGGCACGCUAUGGAGAAAGCGUCACACCGCUACUCUAUCAACAUACACGAGGCAAGAUUGAUAACAUCCAUUUUUCAUAAACAAAACAAUUAAAUGUGCUGUACAAACAAAAAGGAACAGAUAUAAAGAUAAUUGAAAAAUGUUUUUAUUAUUCUAGGCACAGACACAAAAAAACUCUAGAUAGACAAGCGCUGCAGAAGUCUAACCUGCAGGUCAUUGAACAUUUACCUGGAAAGAUGUUCAAAACCCCUUGAUUGGCAGUGUAUAGAGUAAACCAAUGGCUUGACUUGAUCUAACAUAGCCUUUUUCCUCCAGCCAUGUAUGCUAUGAAGAUCAGUGUGGAAAAAGAUCUGCGCACAGGCAAGAGUCAGGUUCUCUCCUCUGCCACAGUCACCCCACAGGAUUUCCAACAGAAAGGUAUUAAAGUCUAUGAUGAUGGCAAGAAGUCAGUAUAUGCUGUACAGUCAGUGGGAAAGGAGUCUGAGGAUGCACUGGAUGAGAUGAGCUCCCUAGAAGUAGAGGAGCUUCUAAAAAAAGCCACAGCAACGAAGGAUCCAACUUAUGUGGAGUAUCAUGAGCCUGUUUUUUCCAGUUCGUACAGCAGAUCCUCAACUCCUCAAAAAGUGGAGCGAGGGAUGGUUAGACAAGGUCCCUAUGGGUUUCACAUACAGAGCAAGAUUCCUAGCCCAUUACAGCCUGACAAUCAAACCUCUCAAUAUCAAGAAAAUGUCAAAGCCAUGCUUUCUCCUAAUCCAGAUCAUGUGAAUUUUUACAUGAACAAGAAUGCUGUAAACAGACAAAAAGCAAAUAUUUCCAGAGGUUGUGAUGGUGUGCACACAGAUAAAGCAAAGCAGAUGGAGGAGCUUAAGGAACAGAAAAGGCUCAUUCCAGUGUCUGAUUCAGAACUGGAUUUGGAGAGGAACUCCAAUUAUUAUCCAACAGAAGAUGCUGACUUCAGUGCAGACAACUCUUUCCCAUAUGAGAUGGACUGCAGUGAGCCUGUGACAAUGAUAUUUAUGGGUUUUCAGCAGGCAGAGUCGGAUGAGGAAAAUGAUGUGAUCCAAGCUGAACUGGUAGUAAUAGGCAAUGAUGAAGAGGAUAAUGAGGAACCAUCUCUCUCAUAUCAUCCACAAGGUUACCAUAGCAAGGUCUUCCAGCCCAAGAAUGAUAAUCUUCAUCAUUCAGAAGUCAGGCAUGGUUUUACCAGAAGUCACAGCUCAGGAGAGCACCUGACCAAACACCAAACACAAAACACAGAUACGUCAGUCCUGACAAUGAAACAGCCUCAACUAGGAACAUGUGCAGUUCCCUCACAGCGUGUUCUCAGGCUCCCAAAUCCAUUGAAGACAUAAUAAGAAAGAACAGACAUAAGAAUUGGGUGUCCCCAAUUACAGUAGAACAGAG